UCUCUCUUCUGCAGGAUGGGAUUUGUUAAAGUUGUUAAGAAUAAGGCCUGCUUUAAGAGAUACCAAGUGAAAUUUAGAAGACGACAAGAGGGUAAAACUGAUUACUAUGCUUGGAAACGCUUGGUGAUACAGGAUAAAAAUAAAUACAAAACACACAAAUACAGGAUGAUAAUUCGUGUAACAAACAGAGAUAUCAUUUGUCAGAUUGCUUAUGCCCUUAUAGAGGGGGAUAUGAUAGUCUGCGCAGCAUAUGCAUAUGAACUGCCAAAAUACGGUUUGAAGGUUGGCCUGACAAACUAUGUUGCAGCGUAUCGUACUGGCCUGCUGCUGACCCGCAGCCUUCUCAAUAGGUUUGGCAUGGACAAGAUCUGUGAAUGCCAAGUGGAGGUGACUGGUGGUGAAUACAAUGUGGAAAGCAAUCAUGGUCAGCCAGGUGCCUUUACCUGCUAUUUGGAUGCAGACCUUGCCAGAACUACCACUGGCAAUAAAGUUUUGGGUGCCCUGAAGGGCGCUGUGGAUGGAGGCUUGUCUAUCCCUCACAGUACCAAACGAUUCCCUGGUUAUGAUUCUGAAAGCAAGGAAUUUAGUGCAGAAGUAUACCGGAAGCACAUUAUGGGCCAGAAUGUUGCAGAUUACAUGCACUACUUAAUGAAAGAAGAUGAAGAUGCUUACAAGAAACAGUUCUCUCAGUACAUAAAGAACAGCGUAACUCCAGACAUGAUGGAGGAGAUGUAUAAGAAAGCUCAUGCUGCUAUACGAGAGAAUCCAGUCUAUGAAAAGAAGCCCAAGAAAGAAGUUAAAAAGAAGAGGUGGAACCAUCCCAAAAUAUCCCUUGCUCAGAAGAAAGAUCAGGUAACUCAAAAGAAGGCAAACUUCCUCAGAGCUCAGGAGCAGGCUGCUGAGUGCUAAACCAAACAAUUUUCUAUGAGGAUUUUUCAGAUAAUGACAAUAAACUGAUGGAUAGCAACAACAACAACAAAAAUCAAAAACCAAAAAAACAAAAAACAAAAAUGUGCAGGAGGAAUUAAUAUAUUAGAAUAUUUAACAAUAUUUAUAUGAUAGUUGAAUUCCUUAGUUGGUGGUUAUACCUUGAAAUGAUUCUUGGAUAUAGCAUAGAAGUAUCAAUAUACUGCUAAAGCAAUGACUAAGAGGGACAAAGAAUGAAGGUUGACUUUACCUCGAAGUAUGAAAUUUGCUUUCAUUAUAAAACAAAUAUUGUUCUUAAAUUGCUUAAAAUAACUUUAUUCUCCUUGUGCAAAAUCUAUUUGCAUUUUACUGAUCACAGUCUCUAUUACACAAAGAUUUUCCUCCUGAACUCACUGCUCUUUAUUAGAGCUUUCUUGUAAGCAUACUACAAAGCUGUAAUAUUCUCAAUCUUAAAAAAAUUCUUAUAAAAAAACCACAAGUAAAUAGGCCUGGUACAGUGACUUUCACCUAUAAUUACAGCAUUUUGGGAGGCUGAGGUGGGAGGAUCGCUUGAGUCCAGGAGUUCAAGACCAGACUGGGCAACAGAGCAAGACCUUGUCUUUACUAAUAAUUUAAAAAGUAGCACGUGCGCGCGCGCACACACACACACACACACACACACACACACACACACACACACACACACACACACACACACACACACACACACAGUCAAAAAAACAAAAACCUCUAUUAAGGGCCUCUGAAUAGUUAUCUCUGUUCCUUCAGUUCCUCUGAAAAAUUUAUACUAGGAUUCUCAAGUUAUCUCCUCUCAAUCUCUAUUGGGAUCACUCCACUCUGACUUGUACACUCAUUUUCCCACUGAUGUAGCUGUUGUCAAGUUAGAAGUUAAGUUCGCAGUCUUCAUUUUAUCAGUCAUCUCAGCAACAUUCAUUAUGGUUAAGUCACUCCCUCCUAUUUUCUUCAUUAGCUUCUGUGACACCAGUCUCCUCAUUUUUCUCCUACUCUAUUAGCUGUUCCUUCUUAGUGUCUUUUUCUGACUCCUUCUUUUCAACCAGAUUUCUAAAUACUGAAGUAUGUCAGGACUCUCAGCUGUCUUCCAUCUGUAGUAAAUAAACUCACUAGGUGAUCUUAUCUAGUCUCAUGAAUUUUAAGUACCAUCUCUUCAUUGAUGAGUCCCAAAUUUAUGUCUCAUUUCUUGGCCAGUCUUCUCUUAACUACAGGCUAAUAUAUCCAGCUGUCUUCUUGAUAUUUCCAUUUGAAGAUUUAAGAAGGAUAUCGAAAUCUACCAUCCCAAAACCAAAUUAUUCAUUCUCCCUCUUUCAGUGUGGUCCUCCCUUAGUGUUCCUAUCUCAAGAAAUGACACCCUGUUGUGUUAUUCUUGACUCCUUUCAUACCCAGAAUCUCAUAUACGUAUCAGGCAAUGCCUCUCUACCUUCAAAAUAUAUCCACAUCUGACUACUAUUCUUCACAUCCACCAUUAUUAUUACCUUGGGUUUAACUACCAGUUUUUCCUUGGGUUAUUGUAGCUUCCUAAGUGGUCCUAAGUGGUCUUCCUGCUUCCAUUCUUCUUCUGCUCCCUAUAACAUUGAACACUUCAUAGUACACAGAAGCUAUAUGUAGAAUGUAUGAUCCUUGUAAAACAUAAGUUAUGUUAAUUUGUCUGUAGAGUCUUCUAACGACUUCCUUUGACACUUACGUACAUUGCAGUUUUUUCCUGUUGCUUGCAAUUUCCUAGUAGAUCCAUUCUCUGUUUAUUUCUCUUUUCUCAUUUUUUAAUCACUCUUCCUCUCAUACAUGCAAUUCCAGCCAUACCAUCCUUGCUUUUCCUCACAUACGCCAAGCAUACUCACAGUGUCUAAAAGCCAGAAAUCUUCCAUGAGAAAUUUGUGCUUUCAGGUGUUUCAGCUACUGAGAUUGUAGUGUUCUGUUUUGUUCUCUUGAUAUAAGCUCUGAGAAACAGAAACUGUUUCUUUUAUUUGGUUAUAUGGAUCACAAGGAUGAGAAGAAGUAAUGUAACUAGUACUUAUAUUUUAAUUGCAUAAGAUUUUAUGCAGCCUACAGAUUUAUUGUGUAAGUACCAAAAUUGCUAAUUCAAAUCAGUCGGUUUGUUAGAAAUUGACAUCUCUGAGGCCAGGUGCAGUGGCUCAUGCAAUCCCAGAACUUUAGGAGGCCAAGACAGGAAGAGUGCUUGAGCCCAGGAGUUUGAGACCAGCCUGGGCAAUGUAGUGAAACUCCCAUC